CUCAGUCUCUCCUCCUUCGGCGGGUGACACGUCUGCAGCGUGAGUGAGUGGCAUUGGCAGCCUGUCAAUCCCUCACCAAAGCGGCCAUCAAACAACAUCGAAACCCUGGGCUGCUGGGCUCAUAAAUCCCAGCUGGAGCAGCAGCAGCAAAAGGAGGAGGAGGAGGAGGAGGAGGGCUGGCAUAUCGAUUCUAUUUCUUUUUGCAACCCCCCCUUUUUGCAUUUGCAAAACAAACAACCCCCAAAAAGUGUGCAAUUAUUAUUAUUAUUAUUAUUAUUAUUAUUAUUAUUAUUUGCAAAGGGAGGGAAGAGAGAGAGAGAAGGAAGAAGAGAGAAAGGGAAAGUCUUCCUUCUCUCUCUCUCUCUCUCUCUUUAUCUUUAACCUCUCCCUUUGCACAACUUUUUCCUUCCCUUUCUUUUUUGCAUUUUUAAAUAUAUAUAUAUAUAUAUAAAUUGUUUUAUUUUGGAUCGUCGGUGAUGCGGGCUUUGCCUCCUCCUUUUUUUCGCCGAGAGGAAAAGGGAAAGGAGCCCCAAAGAAAAGGACCAACGCCGGCAGCAGCUUCCUUUCCCACUUCUUCCAUGUUUUAAUCCUUCCUUUUAAUAAAAAGGAUGCCAUCCAAAGCUUCCUUGGAGAGGAUUUUGCCAACCAGAGACUGACUUUGCAAGGAUUGCAACGCAGCUUUAUUUUUGGGGGGGCUCUCUUUCAUUUUGCAAUUUUUGCAAUUUUGCAUUUUGUUUCUUUCCUUUCAUCCAGAAAAGAAAAGAAAAGAAAAAGAGCCAAGAGCCAGAGGAAGAAAGCAAAGGCAACAAACUGAAACUUUUUAACUUCCCCAACUCCGAAAAGGAAACAACAAAUCCUUUGGAGGAUUGCUACACUGUUUCUAUAUAUAAUAUAUACAGUUACACACAGAUAUUGUUUUAUUUUGCAAAGAAGGAAAGGAGAAAAAGAGAGAAAAACACACCUUGAACCAUCUUGGGAAGCUGCAAAGAAACAGGAAAAAGAGGCGUUUGGGAAAGCUGCAAAAGAAAGAAAAAUAAAAGAGAGAGAGAGAGAGCUGGAAAGAAAGAAGAAGAGAGGGAGACCUUACCAUUUGGGAAAGCUGCAAAGAAACCCACCGAGAAGAGAAGAGCAAAUAAAGAGACCCUUGGACCCUCUGGGGAUCCUGGGACUAAAAGCUGGGGACUAAAAAGAGGAAAAAGGAAAACUGAGAAGGACAAAAAAAGAAAGAAAGAAAGAAGAGAGAUUUAAAAUUCUGAUUUGACAAAGAAGCAGCAGCCUUGGAGCUUUGGGGGGUGUCCCUGGUCUGACUGUGGGCAUCCCAGGCUGGACUUGGACCCCUUCCUCCUCCUCCUCCUCCUCCUCCUCCUCCUUUGCUUUCCUUCCUUCCUUCCUCCUCUUCCUCCUCCUUGCAAAGAAUAAAGGCAAGAAAGCAAGAGAGGCUGCUGGUUUGGUGCUGGGUCUUCUUCCCUCCCCCUCCUCCUCCUCCUCUUCCUCCUUCUCUCCUUCUCUCCUUCCUGGCAUGGAUGAGCAGACCAGGAUGCUGCAGACUCUGGCCGGGGUGAACCUGGCGGGGCACCCGGUGCCCGGGGGCAUGCCCCUGCCUCCCCCGCACGGCCACGAGGCCACCGACGCCGACGGACGCAAGCAGGACAUCGGAGACAUCCUCCACCAGAUCAUGACCAUCACCGACCAGAGCCUGGACGAGGCGCAAGCAAAAAAGCACGCCCUGAAUUGCCACAGGAUGAAGCCGGCUUUGUUCAGUGUCCUCUGCGAAAUCAAAGAGAAAACAGGUCUCAGCAUCCGAGGUGCUCAAGAAGAAGACCCUCCUGACCCUCAACUAAUGCGAUUGGACAAUAUGCUUCUUGCGGAAGGGGUUUCGGGUCCUGAGAAAGGUGGCGGAUCGGCAGCGGCGGCGGCGGCAGCGGCGGCAUCUGGCGGAACUUCAGAUAACUCUAUCGAACACUCAGAUUACAGAGCCAAAUUGACCCAGAUCCGGCAGAUCUAUCAUACGGAGCUGGAGAAAUAUGAACAGGCCUGUAACGAAUUCACCACGCACGUGAUGAACCUUCUCCGAGAGCAAAGUCGGACACGGCCCAUUUCUCCAAAGGAGAUCGAGAGGAUGGUGGGCAUCAUCCAUCGGAAAUUCAGCUCCAUCCAGAUGCAGCUCAAACAAAGCACUUGCGAAGCAGUCAUGAUCUUGAGAUCGCGGUUCCUCGACGCCAGGCGGAAAAGGCGCAACUUCAGCAAACAAGCCACAGAAAUCUUGAAUGAAUAUUUUUACUCUCACCUCAGCAAUCCUUACCCCAGUGAAGAAGCCAAAGAGGAGCUGGCAAAGAAAUGCAGCAUCACAGUAUCACAGGUAUCGAAUUGGUUUGGCAACAAGCGAAUCAGGUACAAGAAGAACAUAGGGAAAUUUCAGGAAGAAGCCAACCUCUACGCAGCAAAAACAGCGGUGACGGCCGCCCAUGCUGUAGCCGCAGCUGUCCAAAACAACCAGACAAACUCACCCACCACGCCAAACUCUGGUGGAUACCCUGCGUCAUGUUAUCAAUCAGACGGGAGGAUACAGUGAUGGUUUGGGAGGAAAUUCACUGUACAGUCCACAUAAUUUAAAUGCAAAUGGAGGCUGGCAAGACGCAACCACUCCAUCUUCUGUGACCUCUCCAACAGAAGGCCCGGGAAGUGUGCACUCCGAUACCUCUAACUAACCCUCUCACAACACUUUUUCGUUCACCCGAAGCUAAGAUGCCUUUGUCUCGUGCAUUCAGAAUCCCAGAAGGAAAAGACAGAAUUAAAACAACAACAACAGCAGCAACAACAACAACCAUAAAGGAUUAUUACUAUUUUUGGAUCGCCAACCACGGAUGGCUUUCCUGUAAACCUUGUUGUACCAGAGAACUCGAUAAAUCUGUUAUGUGUGUGUGUGUGUGUUUAAUUUUUAAGGAUAUCUUAAUCAUUUGUAUGUGUACUUAAAUAUCACAGAGAUGCGCACACCCACACGCAAUGUUAAAAGAAAAGAAAGAAAAACCAACCAAGCACUUUAUCCAGCGAGGCCGAGAUUUAGCAUUGUUUGUAGCCCUGGAACUAUUUUAAUAAGAGUAAUUUAUUAUCAACAGAUUUGGGACGGAUGGCCAACCCAUUGUUGGCUUUUUGGUCAUAGGGGUCAAUAAGAGCUGUUCUCUUAAGGAAAACCUCAUGGUGCCAAACCAGUCCAGGGGGUCAUCAUACCCCAGUGGAACCCCCAUUACCAUUUGAAGUGAAUUUCGGUCACUGAUCCUGGUUUUUAAUCUUUUCAUAUCUCUAUCAGAAUGGAAGUACCUUUUGUUCCAUUUCGCCAUAUUUCAACAGUCGCUAUUAUCCAUUUUGUUCCCCUCCCAAGCUUCUUUGAGUUGUCACAUUUUUUAAAUUGAGAUCCACUGUGUUAACAAAGUCACUUAGACCAGUGGGACUCAAACUUUGGAUCUCCGGAGUCUUUUGGACUUCUUCUCCCAGGAUUCUUGACCAUCAGCUCAAUCGGCCGAAGCUUUUGGGAGCUGCAAUCCAAAAUAUCCAGGGGACCAAAAGUUGAGACCUGCCAUCUUAAGGCCUCUGCAAAAAGGCUACUUCUUUCCUCCUCUUCCUCUUUUUUAACCCAUCUUCAAUAUACCGUUCUCCCUCUCGUGGUCAUUGUUGGGCACAGAUGGUCCGUCGGAGGUGGAGAAACUUGCCAUUCCCAUUUGCAAAAAACAAGCCAAGCCGCCCUGGGUAUUGCAGUACGAGCCGGGUACCCAGCACACUCACCCGGGGUUUUGCCCACCGCUACUUGGCGGCGCGGAGACGGUCAAAACAAAAAAUUGGCGCCGUUCUCUGGAGUAUUGUACAUAGUGUAGCAAAAGAGUAUUUAUACAUCUCACCAAUCAAAACACAGCUUUAUUACCUCAUGCAAACUCAUAUGAACCAAUAGAAACAUGUUCUUUAGCUUAGAGUGCUCACUACUACCUCUAAAACCAGCCCUUCUCAACCCGGUGCCAUUUGGGCAAGGCCAGACUACAGUUCCCAUCAUCCCCUGGCGGUGUGGCUUGGUGGGGAUGGGAUUUGUAGUCUGACGUGCCUGGUGGGCGCCAGGUUGGGAAAGGCUGCUCUAAAACAAUACUCACACUGUAGUCUCUCUCUUUCUCUUUCUCUCUCUCUUUUCAAUAAACUUUUUAAAAAACCCUUAUCUUCCUUCCUUCCUUCCUUUCUUUUUUUCUUUUCUUUUUGGCAUCUUGUAAUUAACUCUUUGUUUCCCUUUCAUGAAAUGUAAUAUACAUUGUAAUCUUUUAAAUAUUAAUGACAGCAGCAACAUUUUUAAGAAAAAUUCAGGUUGCGUCGGCAGCUUUUCGAGAGACAAUUUCAAAUGGAGAAGAAGGAGAAGGCUUUGAAGCGGAAACAUGGGGUCUUUUAGGUUCAACACGAAACAGCGAAACUGUUUGUAAAUACAAAGAAACAUUUUGAAUGUUCUUCAUCUUGUUACUAUACUAAUUUCACGCAAAAGAAAAAGAGAAAAAAAAAAUAUCAAACCAAGAAUGGAUUGUAAAACAGACAAGUCUCAGUAUUCAGUACUGUAUAUUUCACCCUUGUAUAAUUGGGGCAGGCGGGAUGGGAGCCCUUUUUAUUUUUCGGUUCCUUUUUUCUUUUUAUGGUUUCUUCUCCUCUCUUUUUUAUAUCGUAUGCGAUUCUGAAACUGAUUGACUCAACGAAAAGAAAAAAAAAGAGAAAGAACUAAUAAUAAUUUGUGGCAGUGAUUCUAAUGUAUUAAACCGUUUCGUGUUACUUUCUUAACCGGAUUACACCCCCGAAUUUGAAGAGUCUUCCUCGUGGUAGUUCUAUGUAGUUUCGAAUCAUGAAUAAAAUUUUUGCUUUCAUGA